GAGGCUGACGCUCACAGACGGGCGCGAUGGCUGAGGAGAAGCUGUAUAAGGCGGAGUACGCCAAGAGCGGUCGGGCCUCGUGUAAGAAAUGUGGGGAGAACAUCAGCAAAGAGGCUCUGAGGCUCGCAAUCAUGGUGCAGUCACCGAUGUUUGACGGGAAGAUCCCCCAUUGGCACCAUUACGCUUGUUUCUGGAAGAAGGCCCGGGUAGUGGUGCAGGGAGACAUUGAUGGGCUGACUGACCUGCGAUGGGAGGACCAGGAGAAGAUUAGGAAGUCCAUUGAAACUGGAGGAGCUCCAGGAGGGAAAGGUGGAGCGCAGGGUGGAGAUGGGAAAGGCCAGACACUGAGCGACUUUUCGGUGGAAUACGCCAAGUCCAACCGCAGCACGUGCAAAGGCUGUAGUAAGAAGAUAGACAAGGACACAGUGCGGAUUUCCAAGAAGAUGAUUGAUGUAGAGAAGCCGCAGCUGGGCAUGAUUGAUCGCUGGUACCACACAGACUGCUUUGUGGCCAAACGGGCCGAGCUGGGCUUCCUGCCCGUCUACAGCGCUACCCAGCUCAUGGGCUUCCAGACACUGGCUGGCGAGGACAGGGAUGAACUGAAGCAACAGCUUCCUGGGGUGAAGGUCGAAGGGAAGAGGAAAGGGGACGAGGUGGACGGAGAGUUGGGCACGAAGAAGAAAAAGAAGAAGGAAGAAAAGAUGUCGCGGGAGGACAAGGCGCUGAAGGAACAGACACAGUUGAUCUGGAACAUAAAGGACGAGCUGAAGAAAUCGUGCUCCACCAACGACAUGAAAGAGCUUCUGAUCUCAAACAAACAGGAGGUUCCGUCGGGAGAGUCUGCGAUCCUGGACAGGGUGUCAGACGGGAUGGCCUUUGGUGCCCUGCAGCCCUGCGAGGAGUGUAAGGGGCAGCUGGUGUUCAAGAGCGACGCUUACUACUGCACCGGCAACAUCACUGCCUGGACCAAGUGCACCUUCAGCGUCCAUACACCGAACCGCAAAGACUGGGUUAUCCCCAAGGCCUUCCACGAGGUACCUUUCUUAAAGAAGUUCAAGUUUAAGAGGCAGGAUCGUAUUCUUGGGCCAUCCGUUCAACCUACUGACACCCCGAGUUCCACCCUCACUGAGAUCAGCCCCUCUUCAACGCUCAAAGACAAGCCUCUGACAGACAUGAAGGUCCUGCUCGUGGGCAAAAUGUCCAAGAACAAGGAUGAGGCCAAGACGCUGGUGGAGGAACUCGGAGGAAAGACCACCACGACAGUCAACAAGGCAACGCUGUGCAUCAGCUCAAAGAGGGAGGUGGAGAAGAUGAGCAAGAAGAUGGAGGAGCUGAAGGAGGCGGGAGUACAGGUUGUGUUGUGUGACAUUCUGGAGGACCUGAAAUCGGGGAAGGCUCCCCUCCAGGAGCUGCUGUUGACACACGGGAUCUCGCCCUGGGGGGCAGAGGUGAAGGCCCAGCCCAGCAACCCUCAGCCACGCGCCCAGGAGAAGCCCAGCAGAGCUACCACAGGGAAGAGCUCUAGCGCCAAGGUCAAGCACGAGGAAGGAUCCAGCAAAUCGGAGAAGAAAAUGAAGCUGACGGUGAAAGGUGGAGCUGCUGUGGAUCCUGACUCGGGGCUGGAGGAUUCAACUCACGUCUUCGAGCAGAACGGUAAGAUGCUCAGCGCCACACUGGGGCUGGUGGACAUCUCCCGCGGCACUAACUCCUAUUACAAACUGCAGCUCUUGGAGGAUGACAACAAGAGAAGGUACUGGGUUUUCCGUGCCUGGGGCCGGGUGGGUACCACCAUUGGGGGCAACAAGCUGGAGAAGAUGUCGUCUAAGGAGGAGGCGGUGGAGCACUUCUUGGCGCUAUACGAGGAGAAGACGGGCAACGCCUGGCAUUCCAAGACCUUCAAUAAGUUCCCCAACAAGUUCUACCCCCUGGAGAUCGACUAUGGGCAGGAUGAGGAGGCUGUGCGGAAGUUGACCGCCAGCUCAGGCACCAAAUCCAAGCUGGACCGUGCCGUUCAGGAUCUCAUCAAGAUGAUCUUUGAUGUGGAGAGCAUGAAGAAAGCCAUGGUGGAGUUUGAGAUCGAUUUACAGAAGAUGCCGCUGGGGAAACUGAGCAAGAGACAGAUCCAGAGUGCAUACUCCAUCCUCAAUGAAGUGCAGCAGGUUGUCUCAAGCAGUGGUUCCGAGUCUCAGAUCCUGGAUCUGUCCAACAGGUUCUACACACUCAUACCCCAUGACUUUGGAAUGAAGAAACCAGCCCUCUUAAACAAUGAAGACUAUAUUCAGGCCAAGGUUCAGAUGUUGGACAAUCUCCUGGACAUUGAAGUUGCCUACAGCCUACUGAAAGGUGGGAAGGAAGACGAGGGAAAAGAUCCCAUUGAUAUCAAUUAUGAGAAGCUUCACACCAACAUUGAGGUUCUGGACAAAACCACGGAUGAAGCAAAAAUCAUUAUGGAGUACGUCAAGAACACACAUGCUGCGACUCACAACCAGUAUGACCUGGAGGUGGUGGAGAUUUUCAAGGUGCGGCGGGACGGGGAGGGGCAGCGAUUCAAACCCUUCAGCGACUUCCACAAUCGCCAACUCCUCUGGCACGGCUCCCGAGCCACCAACUAUGCUGGCAUCUUGUCACAGGGUCUGCGCAUCGCACCGCCCGAGGCUCCAGUGACUGGCUACAUGUUCGGAAAAGGUGUCUAUUUUGCUGACAUGGUUUCCAAAAGUGCAAACUACUGUCACACCUCCCAGGCUGACCCCGUGGGUCUCAUCCUCUUGGCUGAGGUGGCUCUCGGGAACAUGUAUGAGUUAAAGCGAGCCAAUCACAUCACUAAACUCCCUAAGGGGAAACACAGUGUGAAAGGUGUGGGUAAGACGGCUCCCGAUCCCAACGCCUCUAUCAAGCUGGAUGGAAUUGAGGUGCCGCUGGGGAAAGGAGUCCAGACGCCAGCCACUGACUCCAGCUUACUGUACAAUGAAUACAUUGUGUACGAUGUGGCUCAGAUCAACAUGAAGUACCUGCUGAAACUCAACUUCAAUUACAGGACCUCUCUGUGGUGAAUGCACACCCUGACACACUUUGCCAGCCCCAGACUGGCUAACAGGGCACAGCCCAGGCACCAGGCAGUGGCAUUGCCUUGGUUUGACAGUGUGGGAGGGGAGGGUCGCUCAAACUGACACAAUUUACUGACGCAUUUACUGAAGUUUAUCUUAUUUUUCGUUUUACUUUGAAUUGAAGUCACAUUUCACCGAAAACAAUCUGGAAAUAGAUUUAUUUGGGGGGAGGGGGCGUAACAGGAGUGACGGGAGGCAGGAGGGUGUGUUUAAAAUAAAAUGGGGUAAAGCUAAAUGUUAAAUUGUUUGUUAACUUACUGCUGCUUACUUGCUUGUGAGGAAAACAUACAUCUACAGUUGAACAUCUACUGUGAAGAUGGUUUUUGUUUUGUUUUUUUCCUAAGUGGACUGGAUUGCUGUUACAGAGUCCCCACAAACCCUGCUGUACCUUGGACCACUGUUUUAGGUGCUGUGAGUUGCACAUACCUGCUUCCUCUUCGCCCCCACUUCUGCACCCUCCCCCCAACCUUGCGCCCCCCUGCCCGCCCGCCCGUAGUUGAAUUACCAAUGUUUUGUUUUACGUUUUUAUAUGAACAAUAAAACCUAGGACACA